AUGAGACGCAAACAAGCCUGCAGGGGAAGGGGAAGGCCACGAAAGAAACCCAAUGUGGUCAGUGAGAGAGUAGUAAGUGAGAGAAUGGUUAAUGAGAAAUUGGUCAAUGAGAAAGAAGUAGCAUUCUUGAAUUUUGUGAGUCAAAAUGUUGAAGAAGGAAAUGAUAUUGGGUGGAAUCAAUCUGAUAACGAAGACCAUAAUGAUGAGGAAUUUGACCCUGAAAUGGAGAUUGAUUCAGGUAAUUCUUCUUCUUCUUCAAUGGGGAGUGACUGGUUGUACGGGGAUCAAAAUGUGAGCUCCAUGGAUAGGACUGUGCAGAGAUUGCUUAGGAAGUAUGGUGAAGUGAAUCUCCAGAUGGAAAACUCAUCCAAGAAGAUUGACGGUGCACAAACUAAGACAUUGCAAGUCUUUCGUUCUUGGAGUAGAUUCCAGAAUGAGCAAGAGGCGCCUUCGCAUGAUCCUUGCUGUAACAAAAAAGAAUUAAGCGCUUCUCUUGCGGUUAUUAAGAGGGUUAUGAAAAUGGAUGCAGCUGUACCUUUCAACAUUCCUGUGGAUCCAAUUGCUCUGAGAUUACCUGAUUACUUUGAUGUCAUAGAUACACCAAUGGAUUUUGGAACAAUAUGCAACCAUCUUGAAAAUGGUACUAAGUACAUGAACUCGGAGGAUGUAUUCAAGGACGUCCAAUACAUUUGGAAGAACUGCUACAACUAUUACAAUGAGGGUAACUUUGUUUUGGACCUUAUGAAAAGGGUGGAGGCGAAGUUCAUGACGUAUUGGAUAGCUGCUGGUCUGUCCAGUAAAGAACCAGGGACAAGUAGCAUUUUAAGAAGCUCAAAUGUGGGGAAAAGGAGGACACGAGGGCCCACCCGUAACCUUAAACUAGCUCAAAUUCCGAUUGGGGAAAGAUUUGAAAUCAGCUGGAGAAACCGGAGAGCUGUAGGUGAUAGCUCCACAAUUUUCAAAUCAGAGUGUACAGCCCUGGUUAGGCAAACCCGGGAGCUACCCCUGCAGAAGCGUUUCAAAGUUGAAGAUCACAUGACAUGGGUAUUGGAUCAGAUUCAUAGAUCCUACCACAAUUAUCGGCAUUACCUCAAGAAGAUAUGGUAUGAAACAUGUGAGACAACUGAGGAAGCACGGAAAAAAAUACCACCAAAUGUUGCGGAGGAUGAUUGGCAGUAUCUUAUAAACAUGUGGAGCUCACCUGAAUGGGAGUCAAUUAGUAAGAAAAAUGUGGAGAAUCGUUCCAAAAAUAACAUAAUCCACACAUCUGGUUCCAAGAGUUUCUCACAAAUCCGCGAGGAAGAGAGAAAGAAGACUGGAAAUGACCCUGGACGUACAUUUCUAUGGGAACUUACCCACGUGCGGCCUGAUGGACUAGCUGCAAAUCCAGCUUCACAGGAGGCAUUGUCAAAGCUCAAGAAACUUUAUACUCAAAUGUCUGUGGAGAACUCACAGAUGACUGAAGACGAGAUUUUUGUAAAGGUUUUUGGACCUGAGCGUUCGAGUCGGGUGCGUGGUUAUGGAAAUGGUGUAACCCCAAAAGAGUUAUGGGGCCCAUCAUCUUCAUCAUCAUCUACUGUUAGUGAGCUCAGAAGGCAACUUGAGGAAUCAAAGCAGCGACAAGAGGAGUCUGAACAAAGAAGUGCUGCUGAGGUACAGGGCUUGAAAGAGCAACUUGGUCGGGUUGAGGGUUUGCUAUCAGUUCAAAUGAAUCGGUUUGAAGGUUUACUAGUACAGUUGAUGAGUCAUAUGCACUCCCCGGCCCAAAUUGAGAGACGUUCUGAAAAUCCACCCUCCCGAAAUGGUAUGCAUCUUUGA